AUGUCAGAGAAGACGGAUGCACCGCACAACGGGUCCGCCAAUGGCGCACCGCCUAACGGCAAUGCGCCUGGGACAUCGGAGAAUCAGGACGAGAAGAACCCACUGGCGCCACUGAAGGAGAAGGCGCGGACAGAUUCGAGCAAGAAGGGGCCAGCCGGUGGCUUCGAUGAUACGCCUAUACCGCGCGCUCCGCCCGGCUACACCGUCAAGAUCACACUGCACCGCGCAACGAACCUCCCUCUCGCCGACAUCAAUACCCUCUCCGCCGACCCCUACGUUAUCGCCGAACUCCACACCUCGCUACCGACGCGCCACAAGGAAGACCCGCCGCUUCAACGGCGCACGCCAACGAUCCGCCAAGAGACGGACCCUGUUUGGAACGCAGAAUGGAUAAUAGCCAAUGUCCCCGCGUCGGGCUUCAGAUUGAAGUGCCGUAUAUACGACGAAGAUCCGGCAGAUCACGACGACCGCUUGGGCAAUGUGCACGUCGUAGUGGACUCGUUGAACGAGGACUGGAGUGGUAUACGUGAGCAGUCCUAUCCGAUCAAGAAGCGGAUGGCAAGCAAGAGGGCCUACUUGCUACGCGCUUUGGCUGUGUGCUUCAACAAAGCCGAGCACAUGCACGGCGAGAUGUUCGUGAGCGUGGAAGUACUAGGCCGCACCCAAGAUGAAAAUGGCGGCCGAGUCUAUACCGUGGGACCGCAGUACUGGAUACGGCAUUACUCGCCGCUGUUAGGUCGUCUCUUAGGGCAGAAGUCACCCAACGAAGAAGGUUCGAGCAGUGCGGCGUCCGAAAAGAAGAAGAAGAAGAAGAAGCCAGAGCGCUAUAACUUCCAGGCGAACCAGAUGCAGCUGCGCGGACCGACCCCCGAAGCGAUGUAUCAUCGCUACGUCGAGUUCAAGCCCUUUGUCAAGGCCAUGUUUACUGCGAAAGGCUUCCGUGGGUAUAUUCUCUCGAAAGCAUUGCACCAUCAACACACCCGCGUUUACAACUUCGAUCGCGAGACUGCAUUCGAGUCCUUCCCAGAACCCUGCAAAGAAUUCACACAGAAGUUCCUGGAACUUGUACACCACGACCAAGGAGGGCGCAUCUUCACAUAUGUUCUCACACUAGACGGCCUUUUCCGCUUCACCGAGACCGGCAAGGAGUUCGGCAUCGACAUGUUGUCAAAGCAUACUAUGCACUCGGAUGUUGCCGCCUACAUUGCCUUUUCAGGCGAGUUCUUCAUCCGGCGGCUUAAGCAUCCGCAGAACAAACCUCCCGAGGAAGGCGGCCACAAUGAAUCACAUCCUCCCGACGAAAUCUCGGGUGGCCCUCCAAAAGACCAACCUGUCAAGGACCCGUCAUAUUACGAGCUGAUCAUUGACAACGACUCCGGAACCUAUCGCCCCAACGCUCAACUCCUUCCCCAGCUCAAGUCUUUCUUCGAGUCGAACUUUCCUGGCCUGCAUGUCCUCACGCUAGACUGCCAGGCCGACGCCGAUAAGAUGGAUAAGAUGAAGAAAGAACAACGCGAGCGCAAGAAGGUUGAGGGCGAUCACAUCGUGUACAAACAGAUCAGCCGAAGCAGUAGCAUGAGCUCGAGCGACAUAGAAGAUCUGGAGAGGCUCGAGGAUCAGGACAGUAGGGAGCCGCAUUUCAGACACCAGGUCCAAGGACUCAUGGCCGGGAAGGGGGAUGCUAUGAAGAUGCAUGCGAAAGACUACAAGCCCAGCAACAACCGCGAGGGUUGGAGAAGCAAGGAUCAUCCUGCAAGACAUGACGAUGCGUCGCAAGCAGAAGGCGUUGCCCAGUCCAACGGAGAAGAAACCGCCGGCACGACCCAGCAAGGUCCAUCAAAUUCUUAA